AUGGCUAGACGCCUUGGCGUAAUUGAGAAGCUCCGCAAAUUGCUCGGCUCCGAAGGAAUACCUUGUCCUGGCAUCGUUGUCGUCGGCGCCCAAUCCUCCGGCAAGUCCUCCGUCCUCGAACGUCUCACCGACAUCGCCUUUCCGCGCGAUACCAACACCUGUACCCGCGUUCCCAUCAUUGUCCAGUUGCAAAGGGAUGCCUCAGUCACGUUACCCACGGCCACCAUCUGUGGCGACGAACACUUUGAAACCGAUGUCAUCAACUGCUCGACCAAGCAAGAUAUCACAAACGCAAUCCAUGAUCUCACCGAGAAGGCACUCGUCUCUACGAGAAGCCGUGUCGUUGAUAAACCCAUUCACAUUCGCUACGUCAGGAGUAAGGGGCCUGUCAUGACGCUUAUCGAUUUGCCUGGUAUCACUCACGACGACGGUGAAGGCCGCGAUAUUCAUGGAAUCACUGCUGAUAUAGUGAAGAAAUAUCUCAAAUAUGAGAACAUGAUCGCGCUUGUCGUCAUCCCUGCAAACGACGACUUCGGCAACUCUGAAGCGUUGAAGAUCGCCAAAACGUUUGACACAACUGGUGCUCGAACGCUCGGUGUCAUUUCCAAGUGCGAUUUAGUCCCGGAACAGCACUCGGAUAUUGUCGAAAAGAUUCAAAUGACUCCCAGUAAUGCCAUCAAACUCGGCCUCGGAUAUAUAGCCAUACGAAACAAGGGACCGGGAGAUGAUCUCGCCAAUAUUGACAACAUUGAAACUGAACUGUUCAAAACUCACCCACUGCUUAAAAACCUGGCGCCGCAUGAGAGAGGGUGUGGGGCAUUGCGGAGAAAGAUUAUCAGUCUUCAGGAAAACAGCAUUAAGCAUGCCAUUCCUAGAAUCCAAACGGAUGUGAGGCACAAGAUCGAGCAACUCAGCGGAGAGAUAAGUGCCAUGGGAACAGACCUCGAUUCUGACAUGGACCGAAAUGCCUUCGUCUCCAAACAUCUGUCAGAAAUAAACCAGUCUCUCCAGAAAUUAAUCCGCGCAGAGGUUCGAGGAAAUCCAAGCAUCAAUGUUGCAUCGAGGUCCUACGAAUUGUAUAAAAUGUAUGCAGCAGAUGUCAGACAUUACUUUCCAGAUUGUCUAAGCAAAGAAUACGGUGCAGAAUUACAACAGGAAAGCAGGGAGUUUAUGGGGUUUUCGCUGCAGAACUUCACGAACGACCAGAUGUUUCGCCAACUGCUCCAAAACAUUUUCUUUGCUGAUAACUUCAGUAAUAAAACGGAUAGGCUUAUUGAUGAUGUAGGAGAUCUGAUGGCUCGUGCUAUGAGAACACUAAUCGAAGAGAAGGAAGAGUUGACCAGGCUCCCGAACCUGGCGGCGAUGUUCCAUGACAAGCUCGGCGAGUCUAUCGAUGCUGCACAAACCCGCGCUAGAGACGUCACGAUGGCUGUGAUAAAAGCUGAAUCAAAGCAAGUCUUCGCGCUUGAUAAAAGCUAUAUGGAACACAUCAGAAGUGUAAGGGCAGAGGCACAGGCAGACAAGGAAGAAGGCGAAGAAGACUUGCAGGGACGAAAUCAAGGCCCCUUCUUCCCAAAUUCAAUGCGCCCUGGCGCAUUGAAUUUGGGAAGAAGGGGUCCUACAAGUCAGAUGAACGGAGAGAUCGACUCUGCUGCGCAAAACGAUUCCCAGCACGAGGGAGAUGCAGGGCGUGAAGCCUUGCUAGAAUUGCAAAUAUCACUGCACUGUUACGGGGAAACUAUAAUGAGGAGAUUGUUUGACGUCAUUCCAAUGCUUGUGCAGAGCUGUUUGGUUUACGAGGAUUACAAAGGAGCCAUUGAAAAAAGACUUGCAGAAGAAGAUUGGGACAAGCUGUUUGAAGAGGAUCCGUGUGUGGCCCAAGCUCGUGUAUGGCGACAACAACGUUUGAACCUUUUGAGGAAAGCCUACAGCGAGUUGAGGAGAUUGUCGUGA